GGUUAGAGGGCAUUAAAGCCUCUUUGCCUCACAGCUCUCUUUUGAAUCUUCUUUCUUUAUUAUAUUUAUUAUUUUUACUUUCAUGAUGGCGCGAGAAUUUAAACUUCUCUUUGUCGUCUGCCUUGUUGCUGCCUGUAAUAUUGAGCUCUCCAUGCUUGAAUCUAACCUUGAACCCACCAAUGAAGCACCUCCAACAACCCCUACAGUCGCUCCCGCCCCCUCGACUCAACCUCCUGAACCUACUACAGUCGCUCCCGCCCCCUCGACUCAACCUCCUGAACCUACUACAGUCGCUCCCGCCCCCUCGACUCAACCUCCUGAACCUACUACUGUCGCUCCCGCCCCCUCGACUCAACCUCCUGAACCUACUACAGUCGCUCCCGCCACCCAGACUCAACCUACUGAACCUACCACAGUCGCUCCCGCCACCCCGACUCAACCUACUGAACCUACCACAGUCGCCCCCGCCACUCCGACUCAACCUACUGAACCUACUACAGUCGCCCCCGCCACCCUGACUCAACCUACUGAACCUACAACAGUCGCUCCAGCCACCCCGACUCAACCUACUGAACCUACUACACUCUCUCCAUCCAUUCAGCCUACAUCGUCAGAUUCAGUGGCUCCAUCAAGUAAUAGUCCAACAGUAGUUCCUGCAACCACAGAACUUCCAGAUAUUUGUGACUCACACCCAUGUGGCGACGGGAUCACCUGUGAGGCUCGUAUCAAUAGAACCUUUGUAUGCUUGUGCAUGACUGGAGAGUUCUUCAAUGGACGCACGUGCCAGACCGCUAAAGUUUUCAAUGGACAACUGCAAGUGCCCAAUAUAAGAUAUGAAGAGAAAAUGAAAAUCAAAACAUCAGAAGAAUUUGCCGACGCCUCUCAGCAAAUUAAUGAACAGAUACACAACUCAUUCCAGGACGUCUUUGGCUUUUCUCACAGUAUUGUGCUGGAACUCAAUCUCAUUGGAAACAAGCGGGCAGAUUUUGACGGCGUCAAUGCGACUCUGGAGUUCUUCUUUUACACGUCUUCUCCCAUCACAACACAGACGUUUGAUGACAUCCUGGUAAAUGCUUCCAAGUGUGACGGCUGCAUCCUGGCUAAUUCCACCUUUACCGAGACCGACCUGUGUCUUAAGAACCCUUGCGAGGAGGAAACCGCGGUGUGUUCGGCCAGAGAAGGCUUCUUCGAGUGCAGCUGUAAGCCGAGUUACAUUAAGACGGACUACAGCAAGAGGGCGUGUGUCGCUUGUCCAAGUGGUCAGAAACCAAACGGAACCUGGGAUUGUAUGGACUGUCCAUAUGGCCACUCCGGUUUUAACUGCUCCGAAACAUGGCAGCUUGCGUUGGUGAUCGUCGGCUCUGUGUUCGGAGGACUGCUGCUCAUCUCGCUCACUGCUGUGAUCGUCAUGGCUUGCAAAUCCCCAAAGAAGUCCUCCAAGAAAAACAAACGUUUAGACACAGAGGAGAAUCACGACAUGAGCCUCUCCUCUGAUGAUAAACACCCCCUGGUUAACAGCCUCCCGGCCAACAGGCAGCCCCUCCCGGUUAAGACAGAAUCAGACACAGGCCUCAAGCCUUUCCCCAGCGGUGGUGUGCCCAGGAUCCCACGGGCCACGGCCUCCAGCGCCUGGGACAGCGGGACCAACCUGGAAAUGUCGCCGAGCAAUGGCCGCCAUAACUUCAUGUCCAGUGGGAGGAGUUCGUGGCUCGAUGACAACUCCGACGACAUGAACGGCAGUCCGUACCAACGUCCUCGCAACCAGACCAACCCACACCCUCAGACUCGACCCACGAGCAACCCGUACUCAGACUCGCGACCCUUGAACAACCCGUACACCCAGGAUGGGCCUCAGAGAAACCCCUAUGCUCGGAACCCGGGCCAGAGCAACCCCAAUUACUCACACGAUGACGGGAGACCCUUCAACUACUAAAGCACUGAAGCACAACAACAGCUCAGGGAUUGUGCAAAAAGUCGUAGGUGCUCAAGAUACAAGGGGGAAUGCCAGUGUGGUUUAUCGUCUGCUGCAAUGCCAAUUCCUUGGCAUUUAUGGAAAUAUUUAGAAUUUAGCAUAUCUUUGUAUUUGUUCUCUGGCCACAUAACGUCUUUCAUGUGUGUAUUAUGAGCCUUUAUGAAUGUAUUAUCCUCUUAAGUACAAUGUUUCAUCUUAAUGUCCUGUCUCCAGUUACUCACCUGCAGUUCGAGCUUAUAUGAACUGCUGAAAACAAUGAAGGGAACACUUUAUCAAUCACAAUGUCAUUCACACCAUGUGAACUCAUACUGCCCACUUAGGAAGCAACACAGGUGAUCAAUUUCACAUGGAAUAGACAACAGGUAUACAGCAAGACACACCCAAUAAUAACAACAAUAAUAAUAAUAAUAAAUUUGAUUUCCACUGAUCAUUUUUGUGUGAUUUUGUUGUCAGCUCAUUCAGCUAUGUAAAGAACAAAGUAUUUAAUAAGAAUAUUUCAUUCAUUCAGAUCUAGGAUGGGUUAUUUUAGUGUUCCCUUGAGUUUUUGAGCAGUAUAUUUAAGGCUAGUACAUGUGAAAGAAUAUUUUGUCUAUUCUUAACCAUUCAGGGGGAAUAAUAUCAUCCUCACUCAUUUUAAUGCUGUUAUGAGUGUUCAAGUCUAUUUAUAUUUCAUCACGUAUUGUAUUCGAGUUAUUUUGAGUUGUUUUUAAAGUUCUUAAUGUUUUCAUUAUUUUCUUGUUAGUCAGGUUCGAAUUGAACUAUUAAAACAGUUUCUUAUCACUGCCUUUCGUGACUUUUAAACACAGGGGUGUCCGAACUUUUUUCCGACGGCCACAUAUUGAAAAAUGAAAGGAUGCAAGGCCACUUUGAUAUUUUGUACACCAACACAAGUAGAUGUGCUAAGACGUUAUAUAUACUGUACAUGUAUGUCCAAAAAAAGUAUCGCAGCUUUGUGAUGUAGGUGAUAAAGUGUAUUAUUAGUGUGAGUAGUAUUAGGUCUUUGCUCUUUUUUCCCCUUUUUUAAUUUUCCAAAUAUUUCAACUUUCUUCUUAAAUAAUCUUUAUAUAUUUUCCUCUUGUAAUUUUAUGACUUUAUUCCUAUAACAUUAUAACUUUUUCCCCAAU